GUGGUAGUCGCUUCCCACAUGUUAUUGGGGUUGUGGAUGGCACACAUGUAGCUAUUGUGCCACCAAGACAUAAUGAAGAAAUUUAUAGAAACAGGAAACUGUUUCAUUCUCUGAAUGUAAUGGUUGUUUGUGGGCCAUCCCUCCAGAUCCUGUCCCUGAAUGCGAAGUUCCCGGGGAACUCCCAUGAUGCCUAUGUAAUUAGACAAUCAGGGAUAUGGCAGAGAUUAAGAUCGAGGCAAGGACAAGACAUGUGGUUAUUGGGAGACCGUGGAUAUCCUUGCACCCCCUGGCUCAUGACUCCUUACCGUAAGCCCAGGCCAGGACCACAGACGGCAUUUAACUCCGCGCUUACUGCCACUAGACAGCUGGUGGAGCGCACAAUUGGUGUCCUUAAAGGACGUUUUCGUGUGCUCCACCGCACUGGUGGCGACAUCAUGUAUUCGCCGGAGAUGGCAAGUAAAAUAGUGGUCCUGUGCGCUAUCCUCCAUAACAUCGCUGUAAGGAGUCGCGUGGAGCUUCCUCAAACAGAGGAAUUGCCUGAUGAGGAGCCAGGGGUUGGGCGGAGAUACGGUGGGGGGAGUGUUUCCCGGAGGGGCAAUGAAGUAAGGGCACGCAUUGUGCAAGAAUAUUUCAGCUGAUUGCUCAUUCAAAAAGUGG